AUGGCGCAUUAUGCGAUUCAACAAGAUGUUCGUGAUACUGCCUCCUCUUCAAGAACGUAUACAAGACGCGACGAUCGCAGUGAGUCUCACAACCGUCUUUUUCGAGAUUAUUUUGCCGAGGAACCGAAAUUUAAUGAGACUUUUUUUAGACAAAGGUUUCGUAUCAGUAGACGGUUGUUUGUGAAGAUAGCUUCAGAUUUGGAAAACAAUUUUAGUUAUUUUCAAAGGAAGAUCGACGCUCGUGGUAAAUGGGGGUUUUCGGCUUUACAGAGAUGCACAUCUGUAGUUCGCCAGUUAGGAUACGGUAGUAAUCCCGACAGUUUAGAUGAUUACCUAAAUAUGUCGGAAAGAUCGUCACGUGACACCCUUAAUGCUUUUUGUGAUGGAGUCAUUAAGUUGUAUCGGCAUGAAUAUUUGCGUAGGCCAACGCGUACAGAUACGCAACGCAUUCUUGAUCAUCAUGCAAGAAACAUUUCAAUCAUUCAAACCCGAAAUGGGUUUCACUUCUCGCCGGAGUUUCUUACAUCCGGCGAGUUUUUUCCGACGUCUGAUCGUCUUCCCCCGCCUCUUGAUCGUUUUCCGCCGCCGUUUGACGUUGAUCGGAGCUUGUGUGACUUGUUUUCUGGUCUCAAUCUUUCUUCGGCUAUCUCCGGUCACGUAUCCGGUCAUAUGAUCGACCCACCGCCGUUGCUCCGCCGCACACUCGCCGCCAGUUCUUCAGUUCAUGACUUUUCCGACAUGGGUUUUGGGUUUCCGGGAAAUGACUUUUCCGACGUGGGUUUUGGGUUUCCGGCAAAUGGGUCUCCGGUGAUGUACUCCGGUGACGUAUUUCCGGCCAGUCAUUCGCUCUUGUGUGAUGAUACAGAAAGUUUCCGGCGAAACUCUUUUUCUAGGAAUGUUGACUAUUUUCUUGACUUUGACCAAAAGUCAACCUUGUGCUCCAAGAAAUACCUUUAUAAAAAUCUUUCUGAAAACAGAAAUCUUGUAACUAGAAAUGAAAUUGAAAAUGGAAAUUUGGGAAUUUGGUCAUUAAGGAAUUUAAGGGGUAGGAUUUAUACAUUGGCUAAAGAUCAAAAUGGAUGUAGGAUUUUACAAACAUUAUUUGAAAGACCAACAAUAGAAGAUGUGCAGGUUGUUUUUAAUGAAGUUGUGGAUUGUGUUUCGGAUUUAAUGAAUGAUUUAUUUGGGAAUUAUUUGGUUCAGAAACUCGUUUCGGUUUGUAACGAAGAUCAGAAAAUGCAGUUGAUAUUUUCAUUGAUGCAAGUCCCAAACAAUAUCAUUCUUGUUUGUAUGAGUCCUCAUGGGACUAGAGCUAUGCAAAGAUUGUUGGAAAAUCUGAAAGAUCCAAAUCAGAUUCAGCUUGUAAUCAAGGCUUUACAGCGAGGUGUCACAACAUUGGCAAAGGACCCAAAUGGUCAUCAUGUUAUACAAUAUUGUCUGGUGCAUUUCGAUUCUGAAUAUAACAAGCCUAUUCUCUUUGAAAUAGCAAAUGAUUGCUACGCGAUUGCAACAGAUAGGAGUGGCUGCUGUGUGCUGCAGGCUUGUGUUGAACACUCCCGUGGAGACCUUAGAACACGUAUAGUCACUAAGAUUAUGUUGAAUUCAGUAAACCUAGCUGAAGAUCCUUUUGGGAAUUAUGUUUUACAACACAUGGUGGGACUGAAUAUACCAGCGCUAACUUCUUUGCUUGUGAGGCACCUUCAAGGGAAUUUUGCAGCUCUGUCCCGCAAUAAAUAUGCUAGCAAUGUCGUCGAGAAGUGUCUGACUGAAUCCAGAGAGGAUGUAUCUAAUCGAAUAGUUCUGGAACUACUCACUAGCCCAGAUUCUUCUUUGCUUCUGACAGACCAGUAUGCAAAUUUUGUUAUUCAGUCUGCACUUAAAAUCUCCAGGGGCCCAGCGUACAACUGCCUACGCAACCUGAUUUCCGAGAACGUGGCAUCCAUGCGAACCAAUCUUUAUGGGAAAAAGAUACUGGAAAGAUUUGAAAAGAAGAAGGUCAACUUGAUAAAGAACUAG